UGGCCGGCGUCUGACGCCAUGGUGGUGGCAGGUGGAGGUCCUUUCUCCACGCUGACGYGGAAAAACGGUGUCAAGGUGGGCGCCGGUGUUCCGUGCAGCGUGGAGGAAGUGUGCUUGGCAGUGGGGACUUUGAUAGGCCACGGAGCCAUAAAAUCGGCGGCAUGGAUGAACGGGGCAGUGGUGAUAUUUGUGGAGAAGGUCGAGCAGGCCCAACGGUUGGUGGAGGUGGGGGUUACUGCGAACGGCCUUUUUCUGCAGGUAUCGCCACUGGCAUUACCAUCAACGAAAGUAACUUUGUCUAACGUUCCCCCGUUCAUCAGCGACGAGUUCCUCGUCAGAGAGCUGUCGAGGCAUGGUAAAGUGGUCUCGCCGAUAAAAAAAGUGCCGUCCGGCUGUAAGUCCCCACUGCUCAAGCACGUUGUCUCCCAUAGGAGACACUUAUUUAUGAUUUUAAACAGGCGAGACGAGGAACUAAAUUUAAGCUUCAGGGUAAAAGUAGACGACUUCGACUACGUUUUAUUCGCGACCUCGUCUAACCUGAAGUGUUUCGGCUGUGGACAGGAGGGGCACAUUGCCAAAAUGUGCCCAAACAGAGCAGGACAGGCAACGCCGGGUUCUGCCCAGCAGCAGCCUGCUGCUGCGGAGCGGACAGAAGACCCGAAAAGUGAGGCAGGGAGRGUGCCUGCUGCGACCGCGGGAGAAUCUGCUGCUGCGGAGGGGGAACCCGCGGCGGGGAAACACGCAGCGGUCGAGGAGAAAUCCGCGGCGGCUGUGGAGGAACCCGCUGUAGCCGCGGGGGAACCAGCCGUAGCAGUGGAGGAACCCAACGCGGCGGAGGAGGAACCCACCACGGAGGAAAGAGCAGAAGGGAGAGCUGAGGUGACGGUAGGCACAAGUGUGGAAACGGAUGAAAGAGUGAGUGAGAAUGAGAGCACGGUGGUGUGUGACAAUGGGAUGAAUGACAACGGUGGUGGGAUGAAUGAUGGUGGAGAAAGUGAGGUGAGAGAAAGAGAUGGGGUACAAGGAGAGCGGCAGGCUGGAGUGAGGGAAAGCAAGGAAAGGUCAGAAUCAGAAAUCCAGGGAGAGAAAGGAGAGGCAAAGGUGARAGGGAAAAGCAAGGGCGAGACUACUGAAACCGACAUGGAAAAAACGGCAGGAGAGACAGAAGAAACCAUGGAGGUAGAGGUGUCGAGCCCGCUAAAAAGACGGAGCAAAAGAAAAAACGUGCUAAUGGCAGAAAAAGCCAUCAAGCAGGCUUACAAGCCAGCGGUAGAAAAAGAUGAGGUGUCCGACAGCASCGAUGCUGAAAACUAUCUCUCAGAUAGCAGCGACAUGUCAGCCACACAAAUGWGUAGCAGRGCACCAAGAUACCCAGUCGAAUUGUACAGAAACUUUUUACGGGACACCAAAGGUUUUAGAGGUAUAAAAAUAGAGAGCUACUUCCCCGAUCUUAAGAUUUUUUACUUCUCCGCAAAAAACCAUAUAAAGAACAAAGAGACAUCAGGUUUCUCCGAUAGAGACAUUUUUAGACUAAAGAAAAUAAUGACGAAAAGCAACAUUUUACCCUUUUGUACUGUCCUUGUUUUUUACUUUUAUCUUG